AGCAGGCGCUCCACCACCACCUAAGCAGGGAGACCCCAGUCUGUGUCCACCUUGGUCGGCAAGAUGCCUCCUGUGUCCCAGGAGGUGAAGACCAACCCACUGCAGAAGGCGAACUUCUGCUCGCACCUGUUUGUCUGGUGGCUAAACCCCUUGUUUAAAAUUGGUCAUAAAUGGAAAUUAGGACCAGAUGACAUGUACUCAGUGCUUCCGGAAGAUCGCUCCCGGCACCUUGGAGAAGAGCUGCAAGGGUACUGGGAUCAGGAAGUUAAGAGAGCCCAGAAAGACGCACAGGAGCCUUCCUUAAUGAAAGCAAUUGUAAAGUGUUACUGGAAAUCCUAUUUAAUUUGGGGAGUGUUUACAUUUCUUGAGGAAGGCACCAGAGUAGUUCAACCCAUAUUUUUGGGGAAAAUGGUUAGUUAUGUUGAAAACUACGAUCCCGAUGAUUCUGCCGCUUUGCACGAAGCCUAUGGCUAUGCGGCAGGGCUGAGCGCCUGCGUGCUCGUGUGGGCCGUUCUGCACCACUUGUACUUCUAUCACAUUCAGCGUGUGGGGAUGAGGCUGAGAGUAGCCGUGUGCCAUAUGAUCUACCGCAAGGCCCUUCACCUGAGUAGCUCGGCCAUGGGGAAGACCACCACAGGCCAGAUAGUCAACCUGCUGUCCAACGAUGUGAGCAGGUUUGACCAGGUAACGAUGCUCUUGCACUAUCUGUGGGUGGGGCCACUGCAAGCUAUCGCAGUGACCACCCUGCUCUGGAUGGAAAUAGGAAUGUCAUGUCUUGCUGGGAUGGCCGUUCUCAUUAUUCUUCUGCUUUUGCAAAGCUGCUUCGGGAAGUUGUUUUCAUCACUCCGGAGUAAGACCGCAGCUCUCACAGACGACAGGAUCAGGACCAUGAGUGAAGUCAUAACUGGCAUCAGAACAAUAAAAAUGAAUGCUUGGGAAAAGUCAUUUAUAGACCUUAUUACCAGAUUGAGAAGACAGGAAAUUUCCAAGAUUCUGAGAAGUUCCUACCUUAGGGGCAUAAAUUUGGCAUCAUUUUUCGCUGUGAGCAAAAUCAUGAUUUUUGUCACCUUCAUCACCAGUGAGCUCCUGGAAAACCUGGUCACAGCCCGCCAAGUAUUUGUGGUGGUGACGCUGUUUGAGGCUCUGUGGUGUUCGAGUACCCUCUACUUCCCCAUGGCCAUCGAGAAGGUGUCAGAGGCCGUUGUCAGCAUCCGAAGAAUUAAGAAAUUUCUGUUACUUGAUGAGAUAACAGAGUGCUACCCUCUGCUGCCAUCAGAUGGUAAAACGAUUGUGGACAUGCAAGCUUUUACAGCUUCUUGGGAAAAGGCAUCAGAGACCCCAACACUACAAGGACUUUCCUUUACUGUCAGACCUGGUGAACUGUUAGCUGUGGUCGGACAUGUGGGAGCAGGAAAGUCCUCACUGUUAAGCGCUCUGCUGGGGGAGCUGCCCCCGAGCCAGGGGACGGUCAGCGUGCACGGGAGGAUCGCCUAUGUUUCUCAGCAGCCCUGGGUGUUUCCAGGAACUGUGAGGAGUAACAUUUUAUUUGGGAAGAAAUAUAAAGAAGACAGAUAUGAAGAAAUAAUAAGGGCUUGUGCUUUGGAAGAAGAUUUACAACUUUUGGAGGAAGGAGAUCUAACUGAGAUAGGAGACCAGGGAACUCCGCUGAGUGAAGGACAAAAAGCCCGGAUCAGUCUUGCAAGAGCCGUUUAUCAGGAUGCAGACAUCUACCUCCUGGAUGAUCCGCUCAGUGCAGUGGACGCAGGAGUCAGCAGGCACUUGUUCGAACAGUGUAUUUGUCAAUCCUUGAAGGAGAAGAUCACAAUCUUAGUGACUCAUCAGCUGCAGUACCUAAAGGAUGCAAGUCAGAUUCUGAUACUGAAAGAUGGCAAGAUUAUACAAAGGGGGAACUUUUUUGAGUUUCCAAAAUCUGGGUUAGAUUUUGAAGAUAUUGUUUUAAAGAAGGAGAAUGAGGAGGCUGAACCAUCUCCAGGUCCACGAACUCCCAGUCUGAGGAUUCAGACCUCCUCUGAGUCUUCAGUUCCAUCUCAGCAGUCUUCCAGACCCACCUUGAAAGAUGCUGCUCCUGAGGACCAAGAUGCUGAAAAUAUACAGGUUGCAUCACCACUGGAGGAACGAUCGGCGGGAAAAGUUAGUUUUAAGACCUACAAGAAUUACUUCACAUCUGGUGCUCAUUGGUUUAUCAUCCUUUUCCUUAUUCUAGUAAACGUCGCAGCUCAGGUUGCCUAUGUCCUGCAGGAUUGGUGGCUUGCAGACUGGGCAAAUGGACAGAGUAGCCUCUAUGCCUUAGCAUAUGGAAAAGGAAAAGUAAUUGUGAUGCUUGAUCCUGUCUGGUACCUUACAGUUUAUUCAGUUCUAUCUGUAGGUACUGUCCUUUCUGGCAUCACAAGAUCUCUGUUGAUAUUCUACAUUCUUGUUAAUUCUUCACAAACUUUGCACAACAAAAUGUUGGAGUCCAUUUUGAGAGUUCCAGUAUUGUUCUUCAAUAGAAAUCCAAUAGGAACCUGUUUUAUUCACUGGAACAAUGAGGAAAAAUCUGGAUCCCUUUAAUGAACAUUCAGAUGAGGAACUGUGGAAUGCCUUAGGAGAGGUACAACUUAAAGAAAUCAUCAGCAAUCUUCCUGGUAAAAUGGAUAUUGAAUUAGCAGAAUCUGGAUCAAACUUGAGUGUUGGACAAAGACAAUUGGUGUGCCUUGCCAGGGUUAUUCUCACAAAAAAUCAGAUAUUGAUUAUUGACAAAGCCACAUCAAAUGUGGAUCCAAGGUAUGGAAGAGAGGCCCAGGAAACCUGGUAUCCGAAUUUUAA